AUGGUGGAUGUGGUGUUAGAGGUGGAGAUCGUGGUCGAAAGCAAGGAGGUCUUCAAGGUCUUGGCGUCCGCUAGCGCGAUAUGGAUCGAGGCUCUCGAACAUCCCAUCUCGAGUUUGUACCUCACUUCCAUGCGAAGAGGAAAUGGCUCGAUAACAUCAAUCGCGACAACACAUAGGAGAAGCACAAUAGAUCAUGACGGUCCAGGCAUUGCGCGCCGUCUCAAAGGCGCAGGCGCAUUCGUUCUCCAAUGCAAGCGCCUCGAGUUCCACUACUGCGAUUGGGCUGGUAGCAGUCGCGGCAUGAACGCCUUCCUCCAAACCAAACUCCCUGCCUUCGCCCGCGAGAACCCCGGCGUCGAAGUCUCUGUCUCCCCUCGACCUGGCAAACACCCUGUCAUCCGCGGCCACUUCAUCAACGGCCGGGAGAAGGCUAUUUGCGUUCGCAAUAUGACGCCCCACGAGAUCCUCGACAAGGCACUGUAUAUGAGGAGCAACAGCGGCGAGAAGAUGAACAAGGGCACGAAGGCGGGCAGGAAUGUGGUGCGGUCCAACAACGAGAGUGUGAGGGGUGUAUGGGAUCCGUAUCACGGGACUGCAUUCAAGGUGUAG